UUAAUUUUGAAGUCUUGAAACUUUCACUCACUUCCUCCUGCACUUUUUCUCUCAACCGUGAUGGAAUCCAAUAACCAAAAACGGUUUGAAGCUUCAUCGCCGAUUCUCUAUCGGAACCAAAAGCCCUGACUCGACUCGGUUUACUCUCUGGUUCCACUUCUCAUUCUUCCACCACCGUCUUCUUUCUCCACAUGUAAUCCCUCAUUGCUUCCACCUCCUUCCUCCGCCGGCCUUGAUCGGAGACGCCAUAGCUUCAGAUGGCAAAUCACUCUCUGAACGCCGGAAUACGACGGUACGAAAUCUUCCGCAGCAGCAUCAGUUUUGUUUUGGGCGCACGAAAUCUUCGGACCCACGCAGAUUAUCGCUCUUCAGAUUUUUCAGACAAACAGAACCUGAAGAGCCGAAUUGCGGGAUUCAAACCUUCAAAUCGGAAUCCAUUGCCGGUGCUUCAAAAUUGGGUCGACCAAGGCAACAAACUUUCACCAUCGGAACUGAGGCGCAUCUCGAGAACCCUAAUCAAAUCCAAGCGCUACAACCACGCAUUUGAGGUAUUGAACUGGAUGGAAAACCAACAAGAGUUCCGUAUAAACCCAGCUGAUCAUGCUUUGAAAUUGGAGUUAAUCAUUAAAAAUUAUGGGCUAAUGGAAGCUGAAGAAUAUUUUAUGAGUAUACCUGACUCACCUGGAAAGAAAUCUGCCUAUCUCCCACUUCUACGUGGCUACGUAAGAGAUAGGGACACCGGUAAAGCUGAGACUUUCAUGGCGAAGCUCUAUGAUCUGGGGCUAGUGGUGAACCCUCACCCUUAUAAUGAGAUGAUGAAACUAUAUCUUGCCACAUGUGAGUACCGGAAGGUACCCCUAGUUAUCCAACAAAUGAAAAGAAAUAAAGUACCCUGCAAUGUUCUGUCCUACAACCUUUGGAUGAAUGCUUGUGAUGAGGGAGAACGUUAUGGGGUUGCAGCAGUGGAAACAGUUUUUAGAGAAAUGCAAAAUGAUGAGAAUGUUGAGGUGGGAUGGAGCAGUCUUGCUACUUUAGCCAAUGUUUAUAUGAAAGCAGGACAAUCUGAGAAAGCCGUUCUAGUUCUCAAAAAUGCUGAAGAGAAACUAUCUACCUGUAACCGUCUUGGUUACUUCUUCAUCAUAACACUAUAUACCUCUUUGAAACAAAAAGAGGGAGUCUUACGGUUGUGGGAAGCCAGUAAAGCUGUUGGUGGAAGAAUCAGUUGUGCCAACUACAUUUGCAUACUAACAAGCUUGGUGAAGCUUGGGGACAUGGCACAAGCCAAGAGAAUCUUCAGAGAAUGGGAAUCUAAUUGUCAAAAAUAUGAUAUCAGAGUCUCUAAUGUUCUUUUAGGUGCAUAUGUGCGGAAUGGAUUAAUUGAAGAAGCUGAAUCAUUACAUCUCCACACAUUGCAGAAGGGUGGCUGUCCAAACUACAAGACAUGCGAAAUUCUUAUCGAAGGAUAUGUCAAUAGGCAAAAGAUGGAUGAAGCUAUUAUUGCCAUGAAAAGAGCUUUGGCUAUGUUGAAAGACUGUCAUUGGAGGCCGCCACAAAGAAUUGUGUUAACCAUAGCUGAAUAUUUGGAGAAAUGUGGGAAUUUUGAAUAUGCAAAUGAGUACAUCACAGAUAUUCAUAAUUUAGGUCUUGGAAGUUUAUCAUUGUAUAAAAUAUUGCUUAGAAUGCACCUUUCUGCUCACAAACCACCUCUCCAUGUCCUUCAAAUGAUCAAGAAAGACAAAAUUGAGAUGGAUAGUGAGACGUUUUCCCUUCUUAAAGCUUUCGCCGGGCUGAAGUGUUUGGAGGUGAAGCAGUAAUCUUGAGGUCAACUUUUUCAUUAGGUGAAUAUUUUUAUUACAAUUUAAUUUUUUUUUUUCUUGCUAAAUACCAUUAACUUAGUUGAACGCAUAAGCCAAAGUGCAACAUUGUCACAUAAGACUCAAAACGAAUAUUUUGUAUACCAUCUAUUAUGUUAGUUUAUCUCUCUACCGGGACUUAAACCCUGGACCUCCAACUCCUUAACCCUUAGCUCAACCCAAACUUGUAUUGGCAUUCGAUUCCCCCAAUUCUCAAAAUCAUAGAAAUAUGGUAUUCUAUAAAUUUAUUAAUUCAGUAUGAUUAACAAUAACAUAAAUCUUGGUGAUUUUAGUUGAAUUAGAGGCAUGCCACUUCUUUAUCCUUGUUGAUGUAUUGUUAUUCACAA